CUCAUCUUCUGGACCCUUUUCGGUAACAUCUUGCUAUUAUGAUUGUCACCUAUACCAGGAUCUAUAGGAUUGCCCAGAUUCAGAUCAGGAGGAUAUCAACAUUGGAAAGAGCAGCUGAACAUGCCCAAAGCUGCAGAAGCAACCGUGUUGACUGCAGAAACCACCAUAAUAGCCUAAAAACUUCUAUAAAAAAGGAGACAAAAGUUUUAAAAACCCUGUCUAUAAUCAUGGGGGUCUUUGUGUGUUGCUGGUUACCAUUUUUCAUAUUGAACUGUAUGGUUCCAUUCUGUGACAAUUCUGGAGACCCCAAAGCUGGACUGCCUUGCGUCAGUGAGACCACUUUUGACAUUUUUGUCUGGUUUGGUUGGGCUAACUCUACUUUGAACCCUAUCAUCUAUGCUUUCAAUGCUGAUUUUCGCAAGGUGUUCUCUAGUCUUCUGGGAUGUGGACAUUGGUGUUCUACCACCAAUGUUGAAACAGUCAACAUCAGCAAUGAACUAAUAUCCUACAACCAAGAUACUAUAUUCCACAAGGAUAUUGUGACAGCCUAUGUCAACAUGAUACCCAACGUGGUGGAUUGUAUAGAUGACAAUGAUGAGACUUUCGAUCGCAUGUCUCAAAUCUCACAAAACUCUGCUAACAUUGAGAUGGCCGACAGUUCAAUGUGUGACCUGGACUGUGACACAGAGAUUUCACUUCAUAAAAUUACCCCUUCCAUGCCAAAUGGCUUCCAUUAA